UUGAUCAGAAUGAGAACUUUUCUAGUGAUCGGCGCCUUGGUGGUGGCCUGCCUUGCAUCUGCCGCCCAUGCGGCACGCACCAUGGACCGCUGCACCCUGGCCAGGGAGAUGUCCAAUUUGGGGGUGCCACGGGAUCAGCUGGCCCGCUGGGCCUGCAUUGCCCAGCACGAGAGCGACUACCGCACCUGGGUGGUGGGUCCUGCCAAUUCCGAUGGCUCCAACGACUACGGGAUCUUCCAGAUCAACAACUACUACUGGUGCGCUCCUCCCAGCGGUCGCUUCUCCUACAACGAGUGCGGCCUCAGCUGCAACUCCCUGUUGACCGAUGACAUCACCAAGUCCGUGAGAUGUGCCCAGAAGGUGCUCUCCCAGCAGGGAUGGUCCGCCUGGUCCACCUGGAAGUACUGCAGCGGGUCCCUGCCAUCAAUCAAUAAUUGCUUCUGAGAAUCGUAAUCUUUUCAUAUUUUGCUCGUAGUCCAAUAAAGGAAUUACCACAGACUCUUGAUAUCGUGAA